UGCCCUCUUCCAUCAUGGCGCCGGGGGAGGCGGGUCCCACUUGCCGGCUCCGGUGGUUCCGGCGCCGCGCAUUUUGGUUCCGGAGUAACUGUGUCCUCGCCGCCGCCUUCCUCUUUCUCCUCCCGCCGCUACUGCUGCCACCGCUGCCGCCGCCACCAGAACACGCGAUCUCGGGCGGCAGGGGCUGAGCCCGCGUGCGCCGUGCCCUCUAGCUCAGGGUGGGGCAGAAGACUCGCCCCCUAAUCCCCCGCGGAGGGCCCCCGUAGGCUUUCUCGUGGGCGGGCGGCCCAGGGGGGCUACUUCCUAAUAGCUCCGGACUGAGUCCCCUCCAGUCUGGGACCCUCCCAUCAUCCUCUAAGGAGGAGUGGACACCUGCCGCUGUAUUUCCCUGAAACGGUGGCAUCUCGCAGCCGUCUUCUCACACCCAUACAGACGGCGGACAGCUGCACCAUCCCAUUUUACCCUCUUUUCCAACUCCAGAAUCUUCUGACCUCCUCUAGUUCCUACUGGUCCCUGCCACUUGCCCCGUCCACGAUCACAGGGAGACAUCCCUCAACCCCAUACCGCCUGGGCCUGGGUCGGUGCCUGCGGGCCCAUUAUUGACCACCCCUCCUCUCUGAUACUCCUCGCCCUCCGUCCUCUUCCCUCGGCCCCCUUGGAGGCCCCACCUAAGCAGGGCCGGCGGAUACUCCCUACCCCAGGAUGUGAGCCCCUGUAACCUGUAAUGCUGUGGCUGGCCUUUGGACCCUCCCAUGCCAUGGAGAACCAGGUGCUGGUGAUUCGCAUCAAGAUUCCAAAUAGUGGCGCGGUGGACUGGACAGUGCACUCCGGGCCGCAGUUACUCUUCAGGGAUGUGCUGGAUGUGAUAGGCCAGGUUCUGCCUGAAGCAACAACCACAGCAUUUGAAUAUGAGGAUGAAGAUGGUGAUCGAAUUACAGUGAGAAGUGAUGAAGAAAUGAAGGCAAUGCUGUCAUAUUAUUAUUCCACAGUAAUGGAACAGCAAGUAAAUGGACAGUUAAUAGAGCCUCUGCAGAUAUUUCCAAGAGCCUGCAAGCCUCCUGGGGAACGGAACAUACAUGGCCUGAAGGUGAAUACCCGGGCCGGACCCUCUCAACACAGCAGCCCAGCAGUCUCAGAUUCACUUCCAAGCAAUAGCUUAAAGAAGUCUUCUGCGGAACUGAAAAAAAUAUUGGCCAAUGGCCAGAUGAAUGAACAAGACAUACGGUAUCGAGACACUCUUGGUCAUGGCAACGGAGGCACAGUCUACAAAGCAUAUCAUGUCCCAAGUGGGAAAAUAUUAGCUGUAAAGGUCAUACCACUAGAUAUUACACUGGAACUUCAGAAGCAAAUUAUGUCUGAAUUGGAAAUUCUUUAUAAGUGUGAUUCAUCAUAUAUCAUAGGAUUUUAUGGUGCAUUUUUUGUAGAAAACAGGAUUUCAAUAUGUACAGAAUUCAUGGAUGGGGGAUCUUUGGAUGUAUAUAGAAAAAUUCCAGAGCAUGUCCUUGGAAGGAUUGCAGUAGCGGUUGUUAAAGGCCUCACCUAUUUGUGGAGUUUAAAGAUUUUACACAGAGAUGUGAAGCCCUCCAAUAUGCUAGUAAACACAAGAGGACAGGUCAAGCUGUGUGAUUUUGGAGUUAGCACCCAGCUGGUGAAUUCUAUAGCCAAGACGUAUGUUGGAACAAAUGCUUAUAUGGCGCCUGAAAGAAUUUCAGGGGAGCAGUAUGGAAUCCAUUCUGAUGUCUGGAGCUUAGGAAUCUCUUUCAUGGAGAUUCAGAAAAACCAGGGAUCUUUAAUGCCUCUCCAGCUUCUGCAGUGCAUUGUUGAUGAGGAUUCGCCCGUCCUUCCGGUUGGAGAGUUCUCCGAGCCAUUUGUACAUUUCAUCACUCAGUGCAUGCGAAAACAGCCAAAAGAAAGGCCAGCACCUGAGGAAUUGAUGGGCCACCCAUUCAUCGUGCAGUUCAACGAUGGAAACGCCGCCGUGGUGUCCAUGUGGGUGUGCAGGGUGCUAGAGGAGAGACGGAGCCAGCAGGGGGCCUCCUGAGGCCUCAGUGGGGCGCCGAAAGCCCAGGACUGGUCACCGAGGGGAAACCCCACCUGUCGCACCCUUUCCGUUUGCCAUCUACACCAGAAGAGCUUCGCCGGGCCCAGGCUCACCUUCAGCUCCGCCGGUAGAUGGCCUUGCCCAGGGCGCCAUCCGGGAUAGCCAGCCCUGGCCAGGUCAGGCCUUCUCCCCCUCCUGUCUGGAGGCAUUGAAGGGGGGAAGGUAAAGGGGCAGAGCAUCAACAAAUGGAGGCUCCUAUGAACCCACCCCUCUUCCUUUUUCCUAACAUUUGUAUUUGUAAAGGGUCAGGCGCCAUCAGCAUCCCUGAUGGAAAUAAAAGUAUUACGGCUUUGU